GUCUUUUCGCUUGGAAUUACAUUCGCUGAACUAGCAAGUACGUAACAGAAUGCCUGUCAUUGUGUAUUAAGUUUGUUUGAUUGCGCAAUUUCAGAUUUUCGCGAACAAUAAAAUGCCAAUUUUCAUUUACCUACCACUCCGAUGAUUCCGGGAAUCGUGUCAAUCUCCGGCUUAUCAUUGUGGCCGCAUCAAAAUAUACUAUCGCGACAUAUUAUGUCGAAGACGUGGAAAAACAUCAUCUAGAGAUGACUCGCGCGUGAAACGAAGAUAAGAGAAAAGUCGUCCUACAAAACUAUAAAAAAUCUCAGUUAAGCGUUAGAGCUCCAUGCGGUAAGAAGAUUGCACAUUCCUUUUACGUUUAUUCAGAUAUAUCAAAGCUAACACUGGAAAAUAUAAUUUAAAACAUACUUAAGCGUCAUACAAAAUUAUUUUGGUCAAUUGAUGUGUGCAAAAGUUAUCAAAAAUAUCUAUAAAAAUUAAUAGCUUAUGUCAGAGUGAUUAAUUUAACUUUUCUCUAUAGCCAAAUUGACCUUCCUGCGGGAUAACUUAACAAAGUCGAUUUCUUUUAGUGGGCUAUAAUGGAAUACAGAGAUUUUUUCAUACAACACGCUCCACCUUUUAAAUUCUUUGCCAAUUAUGGUCAUUACGUAUUAACAACUUUAAUACUUGUCAUCUUGAUUAAUUUGUUGUGGGACUCAUGGCGAAAGAAAGAAUCAGACAAUGCCAACAAGCGAAUUGUCGCUAACGGCAACGAGAAUUACUCGUCGAACGAAUUGAAACCCGACGAAGACUUUGAUAAAUAUCGAGAAUUAUCGGAAGAUGACGGGGACAAACCGUACCUGCCGGCCGAUCUGGAACAUGUCGCAUUUACAUACACGCGUCCAUCUGAAAUGGAAAUGUGUCGAAAAUCCCAUGAGUUUUACGAGAUCGUCAAUGCUCGGCGUACAAUACGCUUCUUUAGUAGCGACCCAGUCUCGAAAGAGGUUAUUCGAAAUAUCAUAAAAGCUGCUGGUACAUCGCCAAGUGGAGCACACACAGAGCCAUGGACAUUCGUAGUUGUUUCUAAUCCAACAAUAAAACAAGAGAUUCGUGAAAUUGUAGAGCACGAAGAAGAAAUCAACUAUACGAAACGUAUGGGUAAGAAGUGGACGAGCGAUUUGAAACCCUUGAGAACCGACUGGCACAAAGAAUAUUUAACAGAUGCACCUUACCUGAUUCUUGUAUUUAAGCAAGAUUACGGAUACCUUCUCAAUGGAAAACGUAAAGUACACUACUAUAAAGAAAUGAGCGUUGCUAUUGCCUGUGGCAUCCUCAUUACUGCAAUUCAGUAUGCUGGCCUGGUAACAUUGACAUCAACACCGUUAAAUUGCGGGCCAGCUUUACGAAUCUUAUUGUCUCGACCUGCGAACGAGAAGCUUGUUUUACUACUUCCCGUUGGCUACCCAGACAAAAAUGCAACAGUUCCAGAUCUUCAUAGAAAAGAUCUUGAUGAUAUUCUUGUCGAAUUUGAAUGAAAACUUCACAAACUACGUCGUUACGCUUGCAACUUAAAAAUAUUUUGAUUCUAUAAAUUCAGGUUUUCUUUUCAAUGGCGCUGGUGAAAUUCAGCUAUGCAAAGACGACAAGACCAGGAUCCUUCAGGAGGUGAAGUUAGUGGUGGGGCAAGACAAUACAUGUGGUAACCUCGAUCACAGUCGUCGCAGAAUAAUAGCUG